GUGAACAAGAUAUGGGCUUUAAUCCACCGGCUUAAAGAGUCACAAGGGUAUUGAAAAAGCGUAGUAUACAGGUGUACUUUGCCUACAAGCUGAGUAUUAACCUAUAGUUACCUUCUUUGUGAAGUAAUGGAAAUUUAGUAUUCCUAAUGACCAUCUGAACCGAGGGGUGCCAUGGGAACCAAGGUCUCCAAGAACCAAGGGGACACAGCCUCCAAGAAAGUAAAAGCCGUUGCUGCUUUCCAACUUGCAGGACAGAACACCAAGCUAAAGAGAGCAGCUCAGCUUGCAAAAGUUACAGCCUCUGCAAAAGUUGAUGUUAAGAAAGUAGAUCUGAAUCUUCCUCCCAAACCGCCAUCCUCUCCUGCUGUUGCCAAUCAUGCUUGUGUUGAAGCUUCUACUCUUUGUGGGUUUCCUCUACCGUCCCUCAUCGACGCCAAGUUUAAUGUCAAUGCAAAACAUGGUGGGGGAACUGCCUUACUUAUGCUCACAAGAGGCAAGAAAGACAGCGAUUCAUCUGAAAUCACUUUGCUUAGAUGCGGUUUUGAUGGCAACCACUAUUCCAUCAAGUCAUUGGCUCAAGGUGGUGAACACAGUAUCUACAAUUGGAACGAGGUCUUCACCGACCCUCAAGGAUUCCUCCAACCAAAGUUGCUCUUUGGGAAAUCCCAUGCCACUGUCCUCUCCAACUUGGUGCAGUUUGGCCAUGGCGGUUGCGGGGUUUUGUUCGAAGGGCCCAAGGCCGGAAUCUUAAAUUCAUCUGCCAGCAUUGUCCCGACGCCUCCCAUCAGUUCAGUAUCUGACGCAGACGGCUCGUGUGCUUUGGUGAUAUGCAGCGCCCAGCCUAAUAAGUCAGGAGCAGUACAGAGUCAGACAUACCUUGUUCAUUUUCAGCGAGAUGGCCAUGUCAAACCGGUUCCCUUGGUGCCUGAUGGAAGUGACAGUUUUACCAUGAGGACCUACGAUGGAAAAACACUCGAACUCUGUGGGCCAUCUUACAGUCACUUUGUAGUGUUUCACAGCAAGAGCGCUGCCUUUGCAGAGGAUCACCAUGACAAACCUAGAGGAAAGGUUGUCCAUCUCCAGGAGUUUAGCGGGAUCAACCCAACCACUCUCCUUGAGGAUACCUCUAACUUUGUAGGCCGGUCCAUGCUGGUCAUGUGUUCUCAUAGCUUACAGGACGAAGACUCAACAACAUCAGCUCUUUAUCAGGUGACCCUGAUGAAAGGUCAAGCUGGUGUUGCUUACAUUGCUGGAAUGUCCGGUGUCCUGCAAUCUGCAGACGUGUGGACCAUCACUAUGACCGACAAGAAAGCCCUUCAGAUUGUUGGACCUAAAGGGCCAUGCCGCUAUUCACUAUUCUCAAACAUUCCAGAAGAUGUUCUAGACCCAAACGAUAGGUGUUUACCUCGAUUCUGCCUCGCAACAGGGGAUUCAGAAACCAUAGAGGGUGGCCUGAUCAUAGAUGAUGAUAACUUGACCGUCUGGGUGGACAGUAUGACCAAGGUCUUGGUCACUUGUGAUGGGGUCACUAUCCAGGAGGUGGAGGGAGGAAACUGGUUGGAACAGCCAGACGGUAGAUUGGCAUUCCAGAGGGAGUUGACUGAGAAGGAGAGGAGCACUGGACUGAAGUUUUAUCGAGCGUUUGCUGUUGUGAAAGAUAUUAAUGGAGCUGAUGUAUCAAUAGAACUAGGGGAUUCCCCUCAUCAGGUGAUCAAGGAGCCUCCUGGGGUAGCCUAUGCUUUGAAUUGCGGUGGACCGGCAUAUGAAGCACUCAAUGGAGUCGUCUUCAAUAACACUCAGAUGCAGUUUAAACCCAAUGAAUUUGGGGGUCUCAAGUGCAUCAACAAGUUUGGUUGUCACACCCCACAAAAUCGCAACCUUUAUGCGCUGUUGGGAAAUACAUAUGAUCCUUAUCUCUUCAGCACACACAACCGAACACACAAUGGUUUUGUGGAUACCAUGAAAUUUCCGUUACCAUUACAAGCUGGAGACUACAUGCUACGUCUUCAUGCUGUAGGAGCAGAUUUGACAAAGAGUCGUAUUUAUGACAAUUCUUCAGACUACACGAGUCAACUCCUGAAACAGUUGGAGACAAAAGGCCAUAUCCACGCAGUAGGAACCACAGCUAAGACAUGUGAGGUCCCAAUCACAGUAGGUGAUGAAGGCACUACACUGACCUUUCAAACAGUUGGCGGUGAUGUUUGUGUGUCAGGAAUAUUGGUAUAUGACAAGAAUUUCAAGGAACCAACUCUCACACCAGAAGAGCAAGAAAAGGAAACCAAGACCAAACAAGAGCUUGCUGAUAAAUUACUACCAUUGAACCGAACGUUCUCUUUGAAAGAAAUGAAGAUCGCAGGCUGGUCUCAAAACCUCCUUGAAAAUGCAUCCGGAGAGAACGGUGAUAUGACACGCUGGAACUAUGGUGGGGAAUUCAAAAUUGUUGACGGUGGUGAUGGCACGGAGAAGCAGUUUUUAACUUCGCAUUUACCCUGUACCAAAUCACAAGACAUUGUUCUGACUCAACAUUUCUCAGAGGAACAUCUUGACACAGCCCCAGAGAUUCAGGCAUCGGAAUCAUUCCAUGAAGGUACAUGUAAAGGAGGCUACUAUAAUCUCACUGUGACCCUAAUGGACAAAAAUGACCAGGUCAUCGUUAAAAAGACGACUGGAAAAAAGGGCAGUAUUGUGACUCCGGGAUGGAUCAAAGAAGCCUUUACUUUCAAGGAUUACGGACGAGGCCUCAGAACGAUCAAUUUUACAAGCGUUGGUCACGAUGAUAAAGGUUGGGCAGGUCACUUUGGAAUCCGUAUGUCUGCCGCUGUGGUGCGUGUGAUGAGUGAAGUCAGCCCAGCAAGUGGAGAUGAGUAUUCAGACGUUGAGACAAUUACACCUGAAGAUCGCAAACAUGAAAUCUCUUCUUUCUUGAAUCAGCUGCAAGAGGACUAUCGAGAUACUCUGAAGUUUAUGCUUAUGAAACCCUCUGCCAGUAAACAAAAAGCUGCCGUAAACGUAACAGCCAAUCCACAAAGUGCGGAAAUAACCCUUAAUACAAGGAAGCCAUCAUCCAAGCGUGAAAUCAGAGUCUUUGUAUCGAGCACGUUCCGAGACUUUGAGGAAGAAAGAGAGAUUAUCAUCAAGAAGGUCUUCCGUGAGAUCAAUCGGCUUUGUCUAGAUCGAGGAGCCUUCUUUACCUAUGUUGACCUUCGUUGGGGUAUCACAGAGGAGCAGACUAAAAGUGGAAGAACCAUUGAGAUAUGCCUAAGAGAGAUUGACAAGUGUCGUCCAUACUUCAUUUGCCUGAUGGGAGAUAGGUUUGGCUGGAGCCAAUCCAAAGAGAUCAAAGAUGAACUCCUGGAUCUGAGCUUUGACACCGCGAUAGAAGAAUUCAAGCAGUUUAAGUGGGUAGAUGGAUACCGAUUUGACUCUAGUGUUACACAGCUGGAGGUUGUACAUGGAGCAAUCAGACCCCACGAUGAGCUGAAGAAGGACAAGAUCUUUUUCUAUCUUCGAGAGCAUAGAGUAAAGAGAGAAGACCUUCCGCCCCCAGUGAAGACUGAAGCAGAGAAAAAAGAAUUGAAAGGAGAAACUCAGUGGCACUUUGAUUUGCAACAGAAGUUAAGAGAGUCUGUCAUUGAGUCUGGACACACAUGCAGAAAUUUCAAAGAAGCUAUCGAUGCUGCAGCAAUGAUCAGAGAGGAUUUGGUGAAGUGUAUCAAUGAGGAUUUCCCGCCCGGUACCAACCUGACAGCUCUACAGAGAGAAUCAGAAGCCCAUGAUGCCUUCGCAAACGCGAGACGACGCGUAUACAUCGGACGACAGGAAUACUUUGAUUACAUCGACAACUACUUUUCCAAGAAACCUAAGAAUCCACUGACAAUCAUUGGGGAAUCUGGAUCUGGUAAAUCUGCCCUCAUCGCCAACUGGUGCGGUCGUUUUGAAAAGCAAAACCCUGGAACUUUUCUCUUCAAACAUUUCAUUGGGAGCUCAGCCGAAAGUGCCUCUCAUUUGAAUCUCUUGAGGAGACUGUAUGGUGAGAUGAAGCAGUUCUUCAACCUUGACCUUGAAAUACCAACAUCUGACAGAAACUUGGUUAUUGACCUUCCAUCAUGGCUAAGUAUCGUGAGCAAUAGGUCAAAGGUCAUGAUCGUCCUGGAUGCAUUGAAUCAGCUGGACAGUGGAGCGGGAGGAAACGGGGAUGAGAAGAGCUUGACAUGGUUGCCAAAGAAUUUACCUCCUAACUUGCAAAUGCUUCUAUCUACUCUUCCUGGAAGGUGCCAUGAUGCUGUUACAACGUCCGGAUGGCCAACCUACAAGGUUGAAGCCCUGCAGGAGAAAGAGAAGCUGGACAUUAUCACAGGAUACAUGGAUCUUUAUGGGAAGACUCUCAAUCAGGAACAGAUGGAUCUUAUCCUCACCUCAAAACAGAGCUCAAAUCCUCUAUACCUCAAGGCUCUGCUGGAUGAGGUUCGGAUGUACGGCAGUUUCUCCCAGCUCACCACCGCCAUCAAGAGUUACUUAGCAGCGGAUGACCCUGGCGCCCUCUUUGUCAAGAUCCUCCAGAGGCUGGAAAACGAUUUUGAGACGGGAGCUGUGUCAAGACCUAAUCUUGUGAAGGAUACAACUACAGCUAUCUGGUGUUCACAUCGAGGAAUGAGUGAAAAUGAACUCUUGACGAUGCUCAAGGUACCAAGUGCAGUCUGGUCUCCUUUCUACCUCUCACUCGAGGAAAAUCUCAUCAAUCGGAAUGGACUGGUGAAUUUCUUCCAUGAUCACCUCAGGCAAGCCGUUGAGAGUCGCUACCUCCCCACAGAGGAGGACAAACGCAAGAGGUACUUGGAGCUGGCAAAUUUCUUCAAUGCACAAGAUAUUGAUGAUCGAUAUGCUGAUGAGGUCCCUUACCUAUUAUGUCAAGCGAGGGAGCUGUCACGUCUCAGGGCAACCAUCCUCAAUAUCAACGUGUUCCAGAUCCUGAUGAAAACAGAAGACGGAAACUUCCAGCUCAUCAAAGCUUGGAGAACAUUGGGAGGUUUUGAACCAGUGGAGCAAGCCUAUCUUGACGUCCUCUCUCGGUCUGAAAUCUGGGAAGAAUCAAGGGACAAGGUUGAACUGAUCAAGUCCAUGGCUGUGUUCUUUAUGCAGCUUGGGUUACUGCGAGGGGCCAGAGUCUUGAAUGAACGUCUGUUGAAGGAGCUUGAGCUGAGGUACCUUGCUGAACAUUCUACCAUUGUACAACAUCAUUUCAACUACAGCAUGAAACACAAAUGCAACUAUCCGACCGUCAUUGAUGUGUUAAUAGAACUCGGAAAUGUGUGUCUAAAGCAAGGCAAGUUUGACCCUGCUGAGGCACACCUGGAGGACGCCCUCUCUAGGCUGAACAAGGUCAGGACUCCACAGCAGAAACUCCAGUUAGUCAAGGCCGUCAUAACCUUAGUAUCCGUCAAACGUCGGCAAGGGAAUGUGGAUUUUGCCAAGAAGGUACUGAUGCGAGCCUUUGGUGUGAGCAAAGAGGUUGUUGGUCCUGAUCAUCAUUAUACAGCUGCUCUGGUUGGACAGCUUGGAGAAAUACUGUACGACCAAAGUCGGCUGGAGGAGGCCAUCGCCUGCCAUACCUUUGAUUUCAACGAGACCCUCAAAGAAGGCGGAUCUGAUCAUCCUCACAUAGCAGCCAUCUUGAACAAUAUUGGAUUGGUGCAGGAUGAUAUGAAUGAUAAUGGUACAGAGAAGACUUUCAAGUUGGCUUUAGGAAUCUUACUUGAGGCAUAUGGCAAGGAUCAUGUGGAUGUAGCGACUGUUAGAUACAACCUUGGAGCGCAGUUCUUUGGAAAUAAGAUGUACCAACGUGCCAAGUUCCAGUUUGAAGAAGCCCACCGUGUCUUUGAUCUAUUCCUUGGGGAUCAUCCAAGCGCUAAGGCAGCAAAGAAAGCUGUUGAUAUGGUCAAUAAAUUGUGAAUAAUGUCUUUGUCACCGAGUAAUGUACAAAUCAUGAAAUAUUUAUAUUUGUUUGGUCCGUGUUGAAGGAGUCAUGAGACUGUUGCUAGUUGCCAAAUAUUUCCCACAAUACCUGAUUGAAGGUUCUUAUGAUAUGAGCACCUUCAAUCUUGACACAUUUUCAGUCUACUGUGUGAUGGGGUGAAUGUACAAUAGGUAGAUGUUUAAAACAAAGAAAUUUUGAUCCAUGGUAUUUUGUUAAGUCUUUCGUUAUCACCUUGAAUUGCGAAGCCAAAUGAAUUUGUAUUCAGAACAAAAAUGUAGAAUUUUGUACUACCUGUCUUUCAUGAGAAUUUAUCAGGGUAAAAGUGUUUUGUAUUCUGUAUAAAACUAAGUGUUCCAAAGUAUUAUAAAGUUUAUUCUCGUACCGGGUAAUAUUGUUCUUGAUGUUAAAAAUAUUUCAUGUACUUUUGCUCAUAACAAUUUGUGAAAUUGUAGAAAAAAGUUGUGAAAUAGCAUAGUUCAACUUAGAUGUAUAUUUUUUAGAUCAUGUCUUUCAUCUUCAUGUAACUAAAUAUAUAUAGAAGUAAUCUUUCAGGAACAAAUCAGGGUAAAAUUGUGAAGAGAACAUUCUAUUUCGUGUCACCUUGAACUUCAUGAGACCAUGUGGACAAGAUUUAAAAGUGAUUCUUGUACAUUCAAUAUACCUGUAUAUUUUCCUCUCGAUGUUGAAUGUUAGUGUAUUAAUACCAUCUUUGUUGAAUGGAACAUGUUUAGUUGUAUUACAUGUAUUUUUAUAGAUUAUGUCUUAUACGUGAAGACUUUCUAAAUUGUGGAAGAGUGAGGACAGACUUUUAACAUGUCAAUUUGUUGUACCAAAUAUUUACAUUUUGAUUAUAGAGCAAGGUAGAAUGUAUUCUUCUUAGUUUUGUGUGCCCUUGAGGUCAGGAUGAUAAUGUUAACAGUCAUGUAGAUGUCAAAAGGCCAAGUUUUUGUUCACCUUGCUCUCAUUUCUUUCUACAUCGCUUUUGAUCACACUUGGUUUCUUGGUAAUACCACUUACAGACAGUUUGGAAACAGACAUGCCAUUACAGGUUCAUGAGGAUGAUAAGGUCAAAGGUCAUCUAGGGGUCAAAAUAUCAUAUUGCAUAUUUUCUUGAUCGCAAAUCAGGUCAGAUUCGUGAUUCGUGAACCACCUUGUUUAAUUUUAAUUUUUAAUUUUUGUGGUUACCGCACCUUGAUAUUUGUGAAUUCACUCAGGAUAAACCUUGACAAAUAUUCACAGAUCAAGUAUUGAGGACAAAUGUAAGUUCUUGUAAAGAACCUUACAAGUACUAAGUUGUUUAUCACCUUGAAAGUUUGGAACCAAAUAAUGACAUUUAAAUGUGAUAUUGGGGACAUUUUAUUUUCAAGCUUUGUUUUAUUCAUGAAUUAAUCUGUCUGAAGUGAUAAUUGGGGAAAUUAUUUGUUAUCAUUUUGUUGUUGUUGAUACUUUAAUACUUGGAAUUCUGAAACUUAGACAAGCCAUUAUAAGUAUUUUUAGAUGUCUUUCAUUGGUCUGUAGAAAAUCUAUUUUUAUUCUCAUUUUGUAUCUUUGGUUUUUAUAUAAAUUUAUAUAGCCCUAGGGAUCAUAGAUACCAUCGAAUAAUGGAAUUCAUGUUUGAAAAGUGUAAUAGUGCUGGAUCAUCACAAUCUUAAAAAUUAGUGCAAUUAUUCAACAUUUUGUACAAGUUUGUGACAUUUAUAAUGUGUCAAUAUGUACAGAGGGAAUUUGAUAAGGAGAUGUGUAUUUGUUGAAAAUAAUUUUAAGAGUAUUUGCAAGCCUUAUGAAUAAAAACUUUGUUCCAAUAGAAUUUUUUGUAUACCAAAUUUUAUUUGCCACCUUGAAGUUUUAUUUAAAAGCCAAAUGAUAAGAUUUUGAAAUUUGUGAAUUUGAACAAAGUCAAUUAGUGAAUAAUGUGAGACAAAAUUGUUUGUUAGUAUUGAUGACAAUGCUUGUUUAGUCUUCUUGAAAUUAGAAGAUUAUUUAAAGAUUUCAUCUCUCUUGUUGACUGUGUACCACCCUGUAACUUGUGAGCAUGCAGAGGGUAAAUGUUGAUAAUAUAUUUGAUGAUUUCUUUUAUCUCAAGAGAGAAUAUAUUUGAAGUGUUUUGAGGAUGGAAUCUGAUGAUUAACAUCUUGUACUGAUUAGUUUGAAUACUAGGUAUUUUGUUAUCUGAAA